GGUAUCAGCGGGGCACAGCUGGUCAAGAAAAGACGGUGUAGCCCAACAUACUGGGGCAAUAGUGGCCGUUGAGCUGCUUCUGUCUGCUUCUAGUGUCUCAUUUACUGCCGAUCAAGAUUAUCCCAGCAACGCGUGGUGGGGGACCUUGAGAAGGCGGGUCCGAAAGCAGUUUAAUGUCCGCCGAAAAGGGCGAGUGUGGGUUCUGCAGGCCGAUCAGUGAAAUCAUCCGUGGAUCCAUGAUGUCAAUGCCCCGCGGUAUAAAACCCUCCUUUACCCUCACUUCACUUAACACGACAAUAUUCCACUUCGUUGAAUACAAUUGAAUACACACCAAUCUAUUAAUCCCCUAUUGCAAAAUGGCACCCAAGAUCCUCAUCGUCCUCACCUCCUUCGACAAGAUCGAAGCCAACAACCACCCCACCGGCUGGUUCCUGCCCGAAUUCGCACACCCCUGGGAAGUCCUCCACCCCAAGGCCGAACUCACCAUCGCCUCCCCCAAUGGCGGCACCGCACCCCUCGACCCCUCCUCCGUCGCCAUGUUCGAGAAGGACCCCGUCUCAGUCAAAUUCCUCACGGAGCAAGAAGCCCUCUGGAAGAACACGGAAAAGCUGACUGACGUACUCCCUCGCGCAUCCGAGUUCGACGCCAUUUUCUACGUCGGCGGUCACGGCCCAAUGUUCGACCUCACAACGGACAAGACCUCCAUCGCACUAAUCCAGACCUUCGCAAACGCGCGCAAGCCCGUCGCAGCCGUCUGCCACGGCCCCUGCGUGUUCCUCAACGUAACCACGCCCUCGGGCAAGCCCAUCGUGGCGGACGCAGAAGUCACCGGGUUCUCGAACACCGAGGAGGACCAGGUUGAUCUGAGCAAGGUGAUGCCGUUUAUGCUGGAGGAUGAGCUGCAGAAGAAGUCUGGCGGGAAGUAUGUCAAGGCGGACCAGCCUUGGGGCGAGAAGGUUAUUGUGGCCAAGGUUGCGGAGCUGGGAGGACCGUUGAUUACAGGGCAGAACCCGGCUAGUGCGACGGGGGUUGGGGAGGCUAUUCUUAAGGCUUUGGGGGUGUAAUUUCGGAUAUGAAUAUGAUAUAUAAUGUUUAUUGUCUGUCCAUGGAGUGGCAGCAUGAUUAUGGUAGUGGUGUAUCAAGUGACGGUCAGAUCUAGCUAGAUA